CCGGUACCCGCCGCUGAGCAGAUCGGCGGGGAGGGGAGGGAGGCGAUGUCCUCGCUGGUGAAGGAGGAGCUGGCGAAGAGGCUGUUCGGCCCCCGGCGGCAGCGGCUGCACGAAUUCAUCGAGGUGGAGGGCUCGGGCGCCGGGCGCUGCUACCUUUGCGCCGCAGUGACUAAAAGUGAAGAAGUAGAAAUAUGUAUGGUUAAACACUUGCGAGUGGAUCGAGAGGAGAAAUAUGAAAUAGUUGAAAAGUGGUUUUUGAAAGAUCUGGAGAUGAUUGAUGGAAAAGAAGCAGAUACUGAUAAUCCAUGUUUUGAUAUGCACUUCCACAAAGUCUACAAUCUGGAAGCAUAUAGUUGUGCAUCUAAAUAUACAUUUGCCCGAACCUUAAACAAACUGAAUGAAAUGUACCUUAAGAAAGACUUGAAGAUUGUGAACUUUGAUGACACCUACCUAAAUGAUGAUUCGAUCUGGUCAUCCAACAAUAGGGAUUGCUUAGUACUUAUGAGGAUAUGCUUCUAUGCUUCAAACCUUUUAUGUCUCUCACUAUGUCCUUUGUCCUAAAGAUGCAUUUUCUAACAUUAAGGUGACUGGUUGACUUUCACUGACCAGCAUUUCAUAAAUAAUCUGAACAGAAAGAUAACAAGUGAUAUGCACUAUCUGCUUUUUAAUUUUACAUAUAAGUAAAAAAUGGAACAAACUUUUACAUAGAUGAUUGACCAUUAAUUUAUAUAUAUGAGGGCCUUACUCUGGCAAAUACUGACAAAUAUAUGAGACUUUCAACAUAGGAUCAGUAAUUCUCAUCAGUGGUGAUUGCUUAUGUAAGUAGAGCUCAGCAUUUGCUCAUGUUCGUGGAGGUAUAAAUUAAUUUUUAUUAAUAGCUGGAAAUAUUUUUAAAGCAUUAAGAGCAUUAACAGUUAAUUUUUACAUCCUGGAAGUAGAAAAAAGAAAGCAACCAAAUGAGUUCUGUACUAGGAUGAUGCACAUUUCCAUUUUAACUCCAUUAAAGAGAUUACAUCUACAUCAAUACAAGAAUCAAACCUGAACAUCCUGAUGAAUCGGAGUUUUGCAUUCAGGUAUCAUGGGACCAACUUUUCACCUAUGCUGUUACAAUUCUUUUUCCCUCAGGACAUCUAAUAUUCCCUCUCACCCUUCCACUAUUUGUGGUACUGUCUUUCAAACAGAAAAUUAAAGUUCUUCAGCAGAAUUUCUUUAUAUACAAGAACUUUCAGAACUUUUUUCUUUUAUAUCGUUAACAUCAUCUUCCUUGCAUUUUAUCUAUAUGAACAGGCCCAGUUAGGGAACAGAAACAGUUUACUCAUGUCUCUUCUCUACCUCUGGACCAAAAAUUAACAAAAUACUAUGUAAACAGCAGUUGUUGGCUACUACAAUUGCUUUGUAGGCAAGUGAUAGAAAUUUUUUCACCAGUUUACAGCUAUGUGUUGUCAUAUUCAGUGCACUACUUAAGCGCGUAUUAGUACUUAGAGUUACGUUUAACAUGGGGUGGAGUCUACUGAAUGGUUUGGAAGAUCUCACCCAUAACAAAAACUCAUGGCUGGACUUGUGACAGCAUUAUACUACAGUAGAAACAGGAUGAAUUAAAGCUGUAUAGAACAAGAGCUGAAGAGGAAAAAUGUUAACAAUGAGAAGCACAGUGAUAUUGCCCAGUGUCAGUCAGCUAAGCUAGUUGGCUGCUCUUCCCAUAGCCAAGAGAGAAAGAAAUGCCAACCCAAAAGGUGUUUAGGAGAAGCUUCUGGUCAAAAUGGAGAAAAUUCACUUUCCCUUUUGGCAGCCAAGAGAGUACAGGAAGACUAGCUGUGGACUAAACCAGCUACGUACCUACAGAUGACCAAUGUAAAUAGCUCCUAGGAAGUCACAAGCUGGUUACUAUCCUGUCUCCGUACCUACCAUCUGUAAAAUGGGAUAGUUACACAAGGGUAUGUGAUUUGUACUUCACUGUUGUCUUUCACAUGGACUUCAGCCUUUGAAAACAUUUGUGUAAAUGUACUUUGGAUUCAAAAUCGAAAUAACAUCAAAUAAAGAUGAAUAUAUUUGAAAAA